UUUCUCUAUUUUUUACCCUUUUUCCAGGUCUGUCAGUGUUCUCUGACCAACGAUGUUUCACAAAAUUUAUCAAACAAAAUUUGGAUUGGAUGUACUAAUCAAAAAAUGCCUGCUAUUUUUCGAGCUCUUUUUUCAUUAAACGAUACAAAAAUUGACCAUUUACAUGUUUGGAAUGCUUUAAUCAACAUUUUGCCGAAAGAUAUGUUCUCUAAAAUUAAAUUGGAUAAAUUAACGAUUGAAGAUUCUAGUGUUGGAAUUAUUCGAAAGGAAGCUUUUUCUAAUGUUGAGAAUACUCUUAAAGGUUUUUUGUUUGAUUUUAUAUUUUUGUUGGCUUUGUGA